AUGGCCGCGAUCCCACCACAUCUGUCUGAGACGAAUCGUCGUAGUUCGUCAGAGAAUCGAGCCGCGUUGAGUUAUGGACGGGGAGGCGCUGGUAAUAUAGGAAGCACACCCGUCGAACCCCAACCCGUCUCGGAAAAAGACCUGCAGACGCCGACGAUCAAGAGUGAUUUCUACACCACGGGACGCGGGGGGAGUGGGAAUAUGUCGAAGAAUGUUGAUGCCGAGGCGACGAGACGAGCGCAGGAUGUUACUGGCAACCCUCGUCGCAUCUCCGAAAACAAAUCCCACAUCGGCCGUGGCGGCUCGGCGAAUAUCUAUAACCCGUCCCCCGAGGACCUCGAGGCUGCGAAGAAGGAUAAGAUGAAGUGGGAGAGUGCGGUGGCGGAUGAGGUGGUGGAGGGACAGAAGAGUGGGGAUCAAGAGAGGAGUAAGGGACUGGCGGAGAAGGGGAAGGAGUGGUUGUUUGGGAGGAAGUGA